GAAAAACGCACACUGGGACCUGUUUGUGGGGGUCGAGGGAGGGAAAAAUAGCUAAUGCAUGCUGGUCUUAAUACCUAGGUGAUGGGUUGAUAGGUGCAGUAAAUCACCACGGGACACAUUUACCUAUGUAACAAACCUGCAUAUCCUGAAUGUGUAUCCCAGAACUUAAAAUAAAAAUUUAAAAACUUAAAAACAACAAAAGUAAUGAAAUCAGUAUGCUGAAGAGAUAUCUGCACUACCAUGUUCAAUGCAGCAUUCUUCACAAUACCCAAGAUAUGGAAACAACCUAAGUGUCUACCAACAGAAGAAUUAAUUUUUAACAGUGAUAUAUAUGCACAAUGGAAUACCAUUCAGCUCUUUAAAAACAGGAAAUUCUGUCAUUUGCAACAACAUGGAUGAAUCUAGAGGACAUUAUGUGAAAUAAGCAAGGCACAGAGAGACAAAUACUGUAUGAUCUCACUUAUAUAAGGAAUCUAAAAAGUCAAACUCAUAGAAGUAGAGAAUAGAGUGGUGUUUGCCAGAGGCUGGGGAAGAAAGAGGUGAAUGGGGAAAGAGGAGACAUUGGUCAAUUGGUACAAAGGCACAAUUAGGAGAAAAAUUCUGGUGUUAUAUUGAACGGCAAGGUGACUAUAAUUAAUAUUGUAAUGUAUAUUUCAAAAUAUCUAAAAGAGAGGAUUUUAAAUGUUCUCACACAAAGAAAUGAUAAAUAUUUAAGAUUAUAGAUACACUAAUUACCUGAUUUGAUCAUUUCACAAUGUAUACAAGUAUUGAAACAUCACCUUGUACCCCACAAAUAUAUAUAAUUACUAUUCAUCAAUUAAAAAUAAAAUAAAACUUAAAAAAACAAAUUAACAUCACCAGCAAUAAGACAAAUCAACAUCAUAUAUUUUCUGAUAUGAUGCAUUGAGAAGAUACAACAUGUCCUCUGUAGUAUUAUCAUCAAAAAUGCAUAACUUUAAUCUAAUCAUAAGAUUCAAUCAAUCCAAACUGAGGAACACUCAACAAUAAAAGUAGUAAGUGGAAUUCAAAGAUGGCUCCCAAGUUUCCCUUUCUCUAGUGUCAACCCCUCUUUUUUAGUGUGGUUGUAACCUUUAAAUAUGAUGAGAUAAUCAAUGUCUUGAUUAGGUUACAUUUUACGGCAAAGGUGAUGAAAUAGUAACUAUUAUAAUAAUGUUACAUUAUACAAGAAUCUCCCAUAGCAGACUAGAGAUUUAUCUGCUGGCUUCCAAGAAGUAAGCUGCUAUAUUGUGAGAGGUACACAUGACUAGGACCUGAUGGAAGCAUCUAAAAACAGAGCAAACCCUUGACAAUAGCAAAAAAAAAAAAAAAAGUAAGACUGCAGUCCUCAAACUGUUAGAACUAUAUUCUGCCAACAACCAGCGAAUCUGGAAGGGGAUCCCAAGCCUCAGGUAAGAUCACAGCCUCAGGUGACAUUUUGAUUUCAGCCCACUGGUACCUGGAGCAGAGAACUCAGCUAAUGCAUACCUGGACUUUUGAGCCAUGAAAGCUGUGAGGUAAUAAAUUUGUGUUGUUUGCAGCCUCUAAAUUUUUGGUAGUUUUAUGCAGCAAUAGAAAAUAAUACAAUAAAUGACACACACUCUCCAAAACUUUCAAGGUCAUGAAAGACAAGGAAAGAUUGAAGGCCUGUCACAGAUUAAAAGAGAAUAAAGAGAAGUGACAACUAAAGGCAAUGUGAGAUCCUGAGUUACACCUUGGGACAGAAAAAUACAUUAGUUGUAUAACUGGUGAAAUGUAAAUAAAGUGUGUAGUUUAAUUUAACAUAUUGUACCAUGUUAAUUUCCAAUUUUUUAUAAUUAUACUAUGGUUAUGUAAGUUAUUAACAUUAGGGAAAAAAGGGUGAGGGGAAAUGAAAAUUUUUAUCUCCUUUUUGAAAUUUAUCUGGACUAUAACAUUAUUUUAGUAAUAAAGAGUUUAAAAAUAAAACCUGGAUGGUGGGAGGCCAAGGAGGGCAGAUCACCUGAGGUCAGGAGUUCAAGACCAGCCUGGCCAAGAUAGUGAAACCCCAUCUCUACUAAAAAUACAAAAAUUAGCUGGGUGUGGUGGCGGACGCCUGUAAUCCCAGCUACUAGGGUGGCUGAGGCAGGCGAAUCGCUUGCACCCGAGAAAGAGAGGUUGCAGUGAGCCCGGAUCGCACCACUACACUCCCGCCUGGGCAACAGAGCAAGACUCCAUCUCAGAAAAAAAAGAAAAAAGAAAACCUGAAUGGAUGAUCAGGAGGCUGAGGGCCAGUGGCCUCAAUAAAAAGACAUAGUUUCCUGGUCCAGUUUCUCGACCUGAACCAACGUUCAGAGCCACCAUAAACUGAAACGGGACUGGGUCCCCAGGAGGAGAGAUUUGUAACAUCAUGGCAAGUAUACAUGGUAAUGAUUUUUUCAGUCCUUCUCCAAAGGGUCCUACAUCCAUUUACUUGAGUAAUUGUGCACUGAAGAAAGAAGAAUACUCAAACAAGUCAAGGACUUUUAGUCACAGUGUCUGUGUUAAUAUUGAUACUCAGAUACCCAACUGGCUUCCUGGCUUUCCUAUCUAGUAUGAUUGCCCCUUCUCCUAAGAGCAGUGAAGAGGAAGAGCAAAAGGAUGAAGAAGUUCUUCAGGGAGAACAAGGAGAUUUUAAUGAUAAUGAUACCGAACCAGAAAAUCUGGGUCACAGGCCUCUCCUCAUGGAUUCUGAAGAUGAGGAAGAAGAGGAGAAACGUAGCUCUGAUUCUGAUUAUGAGCAGGCUAAAGCAAAGUACAGUGAUAUGAGCCCUGUCUACAGAGACAAAUCUGGCAGUGGACCAACCCAAGAUAUUAAUACAAUACUCCUCACCUCAGCCCAAUUGUCCUCUGAUGUUGGAGUGGAGACUCCUAAACAGGAGUUCGAUAUAUUUGGCGCCGUCCCCUUCUUUGCAGUGUGUGCUCAACAGCCCCAGCAAGAAAAGAAUGAAAAGAGCCUCCCUCAACACAGGUUUCCUGCUGCGGGACUCCAGCAGGAGGAAUUUGAUGUAUUCACAAAGGCGCCUUUUAGCAAGAAGGUGAAUGUACAAGAAUGCCAUGCGGUGGGGCCUGAGACACAUCCCAAAAGCAUAGAUAUAUUUGACUUCACUCCAUUUCAGCCCUUCCUCACAUCAACAAGUAAAAGUGAAAGCAACGAGGACCUUUUUGGGCUUGUGCCCUUUGAGGAAAUAACGGGGAGCCAGCAGCAAAAAGUCAAACAGCGCAGCUUACAGAAACUGUCCUCUCGCCAAAGGCGCACAAAGCAGGAUAUGUCCAAAAGUAAUGGGAAGCGGCAUCAUGGCACGCCAACUAGCAAAAAGAAGACUUUGAAGCCUACCUACCGCACUCCAGAGAGGGCUCGCAGGCACAAAAAAGUGGGUCGCCGAGUCUCUCAAACCAGCAAUGAAUUUUUAACCAUCUCAGACUCCAAGGAGAACAUUGGUGCCGCAGUGACUGAUGGGAACGAUAGGGGGAACGUCUUACAAGUCGAGGAGAGUCUGUUGGACCCCUUUGGUGCCAAGCCCUUCCAUCCUCCAGACCUGUCAUGGCACCCUCUACAUCAGGGCCUGAAUGACAUCCGUGCUGAUCACAAUACUGUCCUGCCUAAGCAGCCAAGGCAAAAUUCACUACAUGGGUCAUUCCACAGUGCAGAUGUAUUGACAAUGGAUGAUUUUGGUGCCAUGCCCUUUACAGAACUUGUGGUGCAAAGCAUCACUCCACAGCAGUCCCAACAGUCCCAACCAGUCGAAUUAGACCCAUUUGGUGCUGCCCCAUUUCCUUCUAAACAGUAGAUACUUCUGAUGGAUUACUGGCAUUAACUCCUGUUUCAAAAAAGUAUGAAUAGUUUUAUGAAUUUGAAAAAAAAUUGAAUGGCUGUUUAUGUCGUUCGUUCUUAAAGAUCAAUCAGAACAGGUGAUUUUUAAAAAACCAAAUAGAAAAAUGAAGUAUCUCUACAGGGUAGUAACUUGAUGCCUCUUCCAAGCAGGAGAAAAGGGAGCUAAAUUGCCAGCUCUAACUAAGGGUUUCUGCUACUGACCUCACAACACAGAAAUGCAAGUGUGGUACUUCCAGUGAAAGCACAUGGCAUCCUUCCAGGUGUGUAACCACUCAGGAGGGACAGUAAAACUGUUAUUUUUAAUAUCAGAAUGUCAUUUUUGUGUGCAUAUCCCUAAAAUUAGGGUUAUUUGUACAUACACUAGUUACGUUUGUGAAUUUUUUAAAGAUCUCUUCUAAUUUCCAUGCAGUUAAAAACAAUCUAGUUCUCUUAAAGCAUUAGAAAGUUAUUAUCUGGAGAGUGCAGAGAUUUCACUCCAUACACCUUUCUCCACAAAGCAGAACCAGAAGUAACUGGCUAUUGUGCCUAAAACUAUUUCAUUUUAAAAACAAGUGCCAUUAAUAUGGAAUAUCUAAUGAUAAGUACAUGAAAUAACGUGUAUAUUAAUUAGCUCAAUUUAGCUAUUCCACAAUUUACAUAUUUCAAAACAAUGUUAUACAUGAUAAAUAUAUAUAAUUUUUGUCAAUUAAAACAUAAAUUUUAAAAAUGGACUAUCGCAUAGAAGCCUAGAACAAAAAUAUAAAGAGAAAUAUCUGACAUUCAAAAAGAAAUGAUAAGCAGAAAAAAUGAUAUAGAAGAAAAAAUUCACUACUUUAGAAACACUUUAUAUUGUUUAUGAAUGGCUUCUUGCCCCAAAUUUUUAUUAACAUGGCCCUAAUAAAGCAGAUUAUUGGAAAAAAUUGGGAGUGAGGACAAGGGUUAUAUAAAAAUUUUAUUUUAGGAAGAAAAUAUGUAGGAGAAACUGAAUUUUCAGGACAUUUACAGUGUGAAAUCAUGUUGCAUUUAAUAAUGUACUUUAUUAGCAACUUCACCAAAUAUUCCCCAAGUCAUAAGCAACAAUUAUUUUUAUUAGGUUUGGGGGGUGGAGUAGUUUUAAUAAAGUGCACCGAACGGUGACAUCCACAAAGCCUUAUAGGCAGGAUUCAUGCAUCCUGCUGCAAGUACCUCUGCACGAAUAAAUUAGAUCCUAAAAUGCAUAUAAGGUGGACUAGCAUCUUAACUCUGCUAGUUGAUCGUAUCUUCACUGAAAAGAACCCAGCUACCAAUUGCCUUUUUUUAACACCACAAAUGCUAAUUAGAAACUUGAGAUUUUAUAGAAAUUAUUUAAUGAUAGAGAUUACAUAUGUGAAUUAAUGUGAAUAUAGUAUCUGUGCUUCCUGUGUCUAUAAAUAUUUUAAGUUAUAAUUAACUGUCCUGCACUAUCAGAUUAACAUUUGGAAGUUUCUAGAACAGUUAAUGCUAUUUACAGAAAGGAGUGGAAACUCAUCAACUGGCACUCUCUUUGAUUUUUGUAUUUUAAAUUAACUCUCUUUGAACCCAAUUAAAGUAUAUUUUAUGAGUAAUUUUGUUAGGCAUCUCUUAAUUAUAGUGCCUCAAUGGGAUAAGAUAUUUGCCUAUUUUCACAGUUCUGAACUUGGAAAGAAGCAAAGUAUAUGUAAAUAAACCACAUAUUUGUCUUUUUAUUGCUUUUUUCCCUCUUUUAUAUGCUAAAUCAAAUAUAAAUUUGUGGAUAGGGAAGCAAUAUGUGAAUCACAAUGUAGCAGAGGCAGACCAAGCAUUACAUUAUUACUUAGAGUUGUACUUUUAGAGCUGGACUGCACCAAUUACUUGUCCUCAUGCCAAAGGCAAAUAUAUUUGCAACUUUUUUUUUUCAUUUCUCAGGUUGAUUAAUACUGCUAAUGCAAAUGCUCAAGUAGAUGUUUAAAAACUUUACAAAAUAGAUUCAAGGAAUACUUUCUUUUAAAAGUGAAGACUUGAUGAUUACACAUAGUAAAUUCAUGAACUACAGUAGGUUUGUAUCAAACAGAAUAACUUUUUAAAUGAAAAUCUUUUGAGGUGUGCACAAUAUGCUUCUUAUUUUAGUCCUUGCUCUUUGCUAGAUCUCAUGAGUUUCAUCAUUUAGAAAAGGGGUAGGGGAUUAACUAGUGUGGUCUCCUUCAGAUGUAAACAUGAAAUACCUAGCGUUUUACUUGCUUCUCAAUACACUGAAUAAUUUUAAAUGAUUCAGACACUGAUGUAGACCCUUUGGCUUAUAAUGUUGGAUAAAUUCUGAGGAAACAACUCUGACAGCUUAAAAUAUUUACAUUCUUAUGUUAUAACACAGCACAGUAACUUUCUUCUUUCAAGAUUGUAGCUCAGAGAAAAGACACAGGAUUCCAUUGGGGGUUCAAAGGGAUAGAAAUGGAGAGAUUCCUUUGUGUUGAAGUAGAGGCAUUUUCCUAAAAAGUAUAUAUUUAUACUUUGCAUUUUCAUUCAUCAUCCCCCAGAAUCAUGGUCAAAGUGUAGGUCACUCCACACAGCUGAUGCUCAGGUCAUUGCAUUAUGAGAAUU